UUUCUAAUCAAUCAUAUAAUGGAAAGGCAUGGUGAACAAUUGUUAAAAAUUGAUUAUGUUGACACUUUUCAGCAACUUAAUCUUCGUUGUGAACAGAAUAAAGAAAUCAUGAUUGGACCAGAUAAAUCACCUGGAGAAUCCAGUCAAAGCAAUACACGUCAAACGGGUCGCGGAGGCUGGUCAUCUGCAAUAGGGGAUGAGGAUGAAGAUGCAUAUUUCAACACUUCUGAUGAAGAAGAUAAUAUCAGUAAUACAUCUGGUGAAUGUUCGAAAAUUGUCACAACAAAACAGGAUGUAGAACCUAAAGAAGAAUCAACAUCUGAUGAUGAAUUAAAACCACCAGUCGAUUCAAAAGAAGAACCAAAACCCAAUAUAGAAACAGUGGGGUUGGUUGAUUAUCCAGACGAAGAUGAUGGUGAUGAAAACGUGAAAAAGGGCAUUGAUGAAUUAAUAGUUUCAGACAAACAACAAACUUCAAUUUCACCACCAUUAUCACCUAAACCGAUCAUAGGGAAACGAUCAAGAUCUAAUGAUGAUGACGACGAUGACGGCCUUUUGCUAC